CCUGAUCGAUGCUAUCCACUGAUUCCAAACAGGAUAACUACAUGUAAACUACUGCAAUAACCUGCACCACUUUCCUAAUUGUUUGUUUUUUUCAGUUUUUGUGCAGAUAAUCGUGAAGCCUUGGUUGUGACUGACAGCUGUCAAUCUUCUCUGCACCAUCAUAAUCUAGGUUUGACAUCCCAAGUGUACAGUUGCGGCUGGGGAAUAGCUUACGGGUGUCAAUUUUCACAACAACCGUAUCGAGGAAAAAAACCUGCAUGAUGAAAAAGAAGCCAGCAGGUGUGCUGAUGUUCCUCCUGGUCAUCCUUAAGGUGUUGGGAACAGCAGAAGCCUGCAGAUGUACAGCUUCAGCCUGUGACUGCGGAUUUCAGGGCCUCACCAGUGUUCCUCAGGACCUGCCGACAAACAUCACAUGGCUGGAUUUGAGAGGGAAUCAAAUCACAUUAAGUCAGUCUGAUUUCUCGCGUUAUAGGAGCUUAGAGAUUUUAGAUCUUAGAUGGAAUCACAUUUCUACUAUCAACAGCCAGGCAUUUUAUUACUUGUCAAACUUGACCACAUUAUCGCUUUCAGGUAACAGUCUAACAAUCCUCAGACCUGACAUGUUUGUAGGGCUGGGAAACUUGGAGGACCUUUGGCUGCCAAAUAAUGACAUCAGUGAUAUUCAGGCUGGAACUUUCAAUUCAACACCACAACUGAGAAAGUUGCACCUGUAUCAUAACAAGUUAACAACCCUCAGAUCUGACAUGUUAUCAGGGCUGGGAAACUUGGAGGACCUUUAUCUGAACAAUAAUAACAUCAGUGAUAUUCAGGCUGGAACUUUCAAUUCAACACCACAACUGAGAAGGUUGCACCUGUAUAAUAACAAGUUAACACACCUUAGAUCUGACAUGUUCACAGGGCUGGGAAACUUAGAGACACUUGAUUUAGACCAUAAUAAGAUCACUGAUAUUCAGGCUGGAACUUUUAAUUCAACACCACAACUGAGAACCUUACACCUUCGUUAUAACAAGUUACCAACCCUCAGAUCUGACAUGUUAUCAGGGCUGGGAAACUUGGAGACACUUGAAUUACAUUUUAAUGAGAUCAGUGAUAUUCAGGCUGGAACUUUUAAUUCAACACCACAACUGAGAAGGCUGGAACUGUAUAACAACAAGUUAACAAGCCUCAGAGCUGACAUGUUCACAGGGCUGGGAAACUUGAAGGAACUUUGGCUGUACAAUAAUGACAUCAGUGAUAUUCAGCCUGGAACCUUCAGUCCAACACCACAACUGAGAAAAUUUGACCUGGCUCAUAACAAGUUAACAAUCCUCAGAUCUGACAUGUUCACAGGGCUGGGAAACUUAGAGAACCUUAAUCUAUACGAUAAUGACAUUACUGAUAUUCAGGCUGGAACUUUUGAUCAUACACCACAACUGAAAAACUUGGCCCUGCAUUACAACAAGUUAACAACCCUUAGAUCUGGCAUCCUUAAGGUGUUGGGAGCAGCAGAAGCCGACUUAAGAUGCACAGCUUCAGCCUGUGACUGCAGCGGUCAGGGUCUCACCAGUGUUCCUCAGGACCUGCCGACAAACAUCACAUGGCUGGAUUUGGGAAGUAAUAGAAUCACAACGUUAAGUCAGUCUGAUUUCUCACGUUAUAGGAGCUUAGAAGAUUUAGAACUUGAUAACAAUCACAUUUCUACUAUCAACAGCCAGGCAUUCUAUCACUUGUCAAACUUGACUAGAUUAUUGCUUCAUGGGAACCGGCUAACAAUCCUCAGAGCUGACAUGGUCACAGGGCUGGGAAAUGUGCAGAGCCUUACUCUAAGCGAUAAUAACAUUACUGAUAUUCAGGCUGGAACUUUCAAUCCAACACCACAACUGGGACGCUUGAGCCUGGAGUACAACAAGUUAACAACCCUGAGACCUGACAUGUUCACAGGGCUGGGAAACUUGUGGGGACUUUCUCUAUCCUAUAAUGAGAUCAGUGAUAUUCAGGAUGGAACUUUUAAUUCGAUACCACAACUGAAAAGGCUGCAACUGUAUAACAACAAGUUAACAACCCUUAGAUCUGACAUGUUCACAGGGCUGGGAAAUUUGUGGGGCCUUUCGCUGCACAGUAAUGAGAUCAGUGAUAUUCAGGAUGGAACUUUUAAUUCGAUACCACAACUGAGAAGGCUGUACCUGUCUGGCAACAAGUUAACAACCCUCAGAUCUGACAUGUUCACAGGGCUGGGAAACUUGGAGGGGCUUUACAUGUACAGUAAUGAGAUCAGUGAUAUUCAGGCUGGAACUUUCAAUCCAACACCACAACUGAGAUGGCUGAAACUGUCUAACAACAAGUUAACAACCCUCAGAUCUGACAUGUUCACAGGGCUGGGAAACUUGGAGUGGCUUUGGCUGUACAAUAAUGACAUCAGUGAUAUUCAGGCUGGAACUUUCAAUCCAACACCACAACUGAGAAACUUAGACCUUAGUUAUAACAAGUUAACAACCCUCAGAUUUGACAUGUUCACAGGGCUGAGGAACUUACAGUCACUUGAAGUACAACAUAAUGACAUCACAGAUAUUCAGUCUGGAACUUUUAUCUCAACACCACAACUGAGAAUCUUGUACCUGGACAACAACCACAUUCAAACCAUUCCAUCUAACUUACUGGCAAAUCUGCUGUUCCUGAAACUGUCUGAUAACAGCAUCACAACCCUUCCCUCUGUGGCCCAUGACAUACUUUCAUCCAUCUCUACUGUAAUCAUUGGCAACAACCCCUGGCAGUGUGACUGUAGGAUGGUUGACUUCAGGCUGAAAAUGACAGGGUCUUAUCUCUGGUCUUAUGAAAACCAGAUCACUUGUUCCCAACCUGACAGCCUCAUUGGGCUAAAGCUUAAUCAUGUCAGUCCUGAAGAUCUGAUCUGUGAAGGUCCAACAACUGGUUUGAUGUCCCCAGUUACUUCCCCUCCACCUACCACCGUAGCUACGGAGAUCCCAGAACCCAGUACUGUCCAGAACUCUUCUAUAACAUCUUCACCUGUUUCUGGUGUCUUUUCACCUUCAAAACAAACCGACCCUGCGCUCACUUUGUCCCUACCUGCACUUCUUGGUGCUGUUUUUGGUUCAGUAGCAGGUGCUGCCCUCAUCAUCGGUGGCAUCAUUUUUUACAAUCAGACUGAACAAGUAGAGGAAGAACAAUACUCCUCCCUGAUGCCUGCACCAAAAUGCUUUCCACUGUACAAACACUAGCUGUUAACUGCAAGUAAGGCCAUUACUGCCCUAAUUUUAUGGAUUACAUCUUCUAAAGACCCCCAAACUAGCGCGUGGGCGAAUUAAAAAAAAAUCCCGCCCAAAAACUGG